GGGGCUGAUGGGACCCCCUUUGGCUGUCCUUCUGGGCGCAAAGAGAAGCCGGCUGACCCUGUGGAGUGGACAGUGAUGGACGUGGUCGAGUACUUCACUGAGGCCGGCUUCCCCGAGCAGGCAACAGCUUUCCAAGAGCAGGAAAUCGAUGGCAAGUCUUUGCUGCUCAUGCAGCGCACAGAUGUGCUGACUGGCCUGUCCAUCCGCCUGGGCCCAGCCCUGAAAAUCUACGAGCACCACAUCAAGGUGCUGCAGCAAGGCCACUUUGAGGAUGACGACCCCGAUGGCUUUCUAGGCUGAGCACCCAGCCUCUCCCCUGCCCCAACCCAUUCCAGCCCCCAUCUCACCCAAAACCCCCAGAGUCCAGGAGCUGGAUGGGGACGCUCUCAGCCCUCCUAACAGAUUCCAGUGAGGGGGUGUUCCUCCCUACUCCUCUCUUCCCUGUGUUUCCCCAGCAUACAUACAUUUGGCCCCCAGCACAUCCUGUACUCCAUGAUAGAGGAGUGUGGGGUGAGAACAGGGCCUGCUCAUUUCACCCCAGGAAGCCAACCUCCCCCCCCCCAAGUCUAGGACAUUUUUGGAAAAAAAAAAAAAUGGGGGCUUCCCAUCUCCCCUAGGUCCUCUUCAGUUCAGCCAGAUGUUUCCUAUAUAAAUGUUUUGUUCUGCCUGUUCAUUUUGGUGGGUGGCCUUUCCUCUCUCCCCCACCACCCACGCCCCAUCCCGGUCUGCCCCUGGCCUCCAGCCCCUGGGAAUAGCCGGGGUGGGGUCCCUGGGUCUUCCCUAACCCUCUUUCUUUCUGUUGGCUGUCGCUCCAGCUGGCCGUAUUGCUUUUUAAUAUUGCACCGAAGGUUUUUUAAAUAAAGUUUUAAAAAAAAAA